AUGUCAAAUUUAGAAGCGUACAAUAUUCCUGGAUAUCGAUUAUUAUCGCCACGUUUUGAUCCUGACUUAAUUAAUUUGGUACAACAUCGCGAACGUCCAGAAGAUCGUCGUCGUGAGAUUCAUGAUUGUGUUGGACAGAUGCCGAUACCAUUGUAUGAUCCAUCUGAGAAACGCUUCGAAGAAUUACAAUUAACAAAAUGUUAUCCUUGA